AGUCCUCUCCUCCUCCGUCCUGUUCAAACUCCGACUGCUCUCCUCUCCUCUCCUCUCCUCCGCCAUCUCUCUCUUGCGACAAAGUCGUGGAAGUCAGAAGCAAUGAACAGCUCGAAGCCAUCGCCAAGCCAUCUUCUCUAAUCAGACUCCCUCCGCCGGUCACCGAGAAUACUGUUCCUGCGCUUUGAUUUGGCUCCGCAAACAGAGAUACGAUGAGAAGACAGCGACAACGGGACCAGCUGUCCGGCGCCCUCGACGAGCUCUCCGCCCUGGUUCUGGGCCUCCUCCGAUCGCCUCCGACGCCGGCCCCCUUCUCCGGCGACCCUCCGCCUCCGAUCGCGGCGGCUAGGAGGCCGCCGGCGGCGCAGAUGACGCCCGCGGGGUUCGCGUCGUUGAUGCUGGGGCUCUCGCUCGCUCUGAUGCUGUGCGGAUCGGUGACGUUCUUCAUAGGGUUUGUGUUGAUGCCCUGGGUGCUCGGGCUGGUGAUGGUCUUGUACGUGGUGGGGAUCGUGUCCGCUCUCUCCGUCUUGGGGCGAUCCGUCCUUUGUUACGCCACGGCUUCGCCGACCUCGCGAAAGGACGUAACUUCAUGGAAGCUGCUGUGAAAAGGACCCCAAUUUAUAAAGAAGAGAGGACCAGCAAGUCAUGGUCACCGAAGAUGAUUAGCACCACGUGAUUAUAUUGGCGGUGCUGCUGCUGCUGAAACAACAAAUGGGAAGUAUUAAAAAGUUUCUUGUUAUAAGUCCCAAAGUCAGAAUGGAUGGGAAGAGAUUAGAGAUGAUAUGUAAAUAUGGUUUAUCAUGUCGGCUGUAAACUGGAACGGUAUCUUAUUGAAAUACCUUGAAGGUAGUUUAUCAAUAUGAGAAAUCUCAAUCUCAGGAAGCCCUUUCUGAGUUUCCU